GUCGGCCGGCUACUAACAACAUAUAUAUAUAUAUAUAUAUAUAAACUUUGAUGGACGUUUUUAACAAAGCUAAACCUCGACCUUGUCAUACUCAGACAACAAUAAUAUAAGCCAACAUACUGUCCUAUUUAUUUGCUCCAUGUUACACCAAACUUUAGUGUACCACAUUUGCAACAAUGUCUACUGAAGAAUUCUCCGGCGAUGAUCAGCUCUAUACCGACGGAAGUAUGAACGGUUUUGAUGCCAAAACCGGAAUAUAUCAUGCCCUGCCCAACCUCGGUCACCUUCACAAAAUCCCCACCAGGCCUGACCUUGACACUGCCACAUUUGUACUGUCACAGUUCCCACCCCAUCACCAGGCCAAGUCACGAGUUGCACUGAUUGACUCAGCCACCAACCAGCGUGUCACCUAUGCACAGCUUCAUCACUCAAUUCAGUGUCUUGCCUCAGGCUUGUACCAGGGACUUGGGGUUAGAAAAGGGGAUGUGGUUUUUCUCUUGUCCCCAAACUCACUUCUGUACCCAACAAUAUGCCUGGCAGUGCUAUCCAUUGGUGCAGUUUUAACCACUGCCAAUCCGCUCAACACCAAGUCAGAAAUCGGUAAGCAAGUUCGUGACUCGGGUGCCAAGCUUGCUAUUUCAGCUCCUGAGGAGCUUCACAAGUUGGCCCCAACUGGGGUGCCUACAAUUUUAACAUCGAGGCCAUUGUUGAGUGGAGACAACUCUCUGUGCAUUGAAGAAUUGAUUGAAGGCUGUGAUCCAAUUCCAACCGAGUUAAUACAAGCCCGCCCAACUCAGUCGGACACUGCUGCUAUUUUGUACUCUUCAGGGACUACUGGGACAAGCAAAGGUGUAGUUCUAACACAUGCAAAUUUCAUUGCCGUUAUGACAACGCUUAGAUGGACUGUAGACGGGACAUCAGCUCAAGAUGAUGUGUUUCUGUGCUUCAUUCCUAUGUUCCACAUCUACGGGCUCGCUUUCUUUGGUCUUGGAUUGUUUUGCUCAGGAAUCACCACUGUUUUGAUGCAAAAGUUUGAGUUCAACACCAUGUUGGAUGCUAUAAAAACUCACAAGGUGAGUAACAUACCUGCCGUGCCACCGGUGAUUCUUGGACUAGUAAAGUAUGCAAGCAAAGCUGCGUGUGACUUGUCGUCGUUAAGGAGAGUAAGUUCAGGAGCUGCACCAUUGAGCAAAGAAGUAGUUGAUGAGUUCAGAGAGAGGUUUCCUUGGGUCCAGAUGAGGCCAGGCUAUGGCCUAACAGAAAGCUGUGGUGCAGCAACGUUUUUCAUUUCGGAUGAACAGGCUAGGGGUCACCCUGCCUCUUGUGGGUUGUUGCUGCCAACCUUUUGUGCUAAGAUAGUUGAUAUUGAGACUGGAGAGGCCUUGCCACCAUAUAAGGAAGGGGAGCUGUGGAUGAAAAGCCCUACUAUUAUGAAAGAGUAUUUGGGGAAUGUGGAAGCAACAGCUGCAACAAUUGAUUCAGAUGGGUGGCUGAAAACUGGGGAUCUUUGUUAUUUUGAUGAGAAUGGGCUUCUUUACAUUGUUGAUCGGAUCAAGGAGCUCAUCAAGCAUAAUGGAUAUCAGGUUGCUCCGGCAGAAUUGGAGGCAAUACUUUUGAGUCAUCCUCAAAUUCUUGAUGCAGCCGUUAUACCGGUUGAAGAUGAAGAAGCAGGACAAAUACCAAUGGCAUAUGUGGUGAGAGCAGCUAGUCCAGAUGGACUCACUGAAGACCAAGUCAUUCAAUUUGUUGCCGGCCAGGUGGCCCCCUACAAAAAAGUAAGAAGAGUUGGGUUUAUCUCUGCCAUUCCGAGGUCGCCUGCAAGUAAAAUCUUAAGGAAGGAACUGGUUAAUUUACAAAGCAAACAGCAAAUAGUCUCCAGAUUGUGAUGUUUUCUUCCUUUGCCAU